CUGAUUCUACAGCGUACGCGUUGCAAGCAGGGCGCACCGGGUCCAGAGCAAGCUCAUGAAUUCAGUGUUCGGUUAUUUCAAAUAGACUCUGAUGUAUUGUUGACAAUGCAAGCAGAGACUGUGGCUGUUGAGGCUCCCCCGGACCCAGCACAGUUAAUAAAGGAGCGCUUGGCCAAGGAGGAGGCCCGCAGAGCCCAGCUUGAGCGGCUCUUGAAGCGCGCGGGCGUUAUCACCACCGCGUUGCGAAAGUUUAUAGCGGAAUGGACGACAGCGCGCCAGGCAGAGCUGGAUGCCGCGCGAGCAGCCGCUGCCGCAAAAGCUGGGGGUAAAAAGAAGGGCAAGAAGAAGGAGGCUAAGAAGAAGGAGCCGGCCGGCAAGGAUGGGAAGAAGAAGGCGCCAAAGACGCCCGUGGCUGAGGCGUGGUCAAACAUGAUGUCAGCCAUGGACGAGCUGGUCAACAAGAACAAGCGGGUCAACCUGGAGGACAUGUACCGAGGCACGGAGAUGCUGAGCCCCUCUGAGCUGUGCACCCUGAGGAACAUCAUGGCCACUGCCAACAAGAAGGUCUUCCCCACCGACGGCAUGAACCUGAACCAGCUCAACGUGAAGAACGCGCUGUGGGCGGCGGCGGCGGCGCACGAGUACGCCGUGGUGGACCGCGCGCUGGCCGCCCCCGCACUGGGACUGGCGGCCGUGAGGGACAAGGGCGUGGGCGCCAGGCAGCUGCUGGAGCUGGGCUACCGGGAGGGCGACUUGCUGCGCGCGGGCUUCUCCCACGAGGACGUGUGUGAGGUGUCCAACCACGACCCCGCCCGCCUGCGCGCCGCCGGCCUGUCUGCGGCGGAGGUGGUGGCGGGCUGCAGCCGCGGCGGCGGCGUGGGCGGCCUGCCAGCGGGGCUGCAGGGGUUCCGGGGCGUGCAGCGGCUGCGGGCGGCGGGUUACAGCGCCACGGAGCUGGUGGCGGCGGGGCUGGACAACGCCUGGGACCUACGGCAGGCGGGCUUCAGCGCUGCGGAGGUCUUCACUGCGGGUGUGCCCGCGGAAGCCCUGCGGCCCGCCGGCUACGGCGUACCUGAGCUGCAGCCCGCUACCUUCCUGGGCCCCAGCUUCGCACCGCUGCAGGACAGUGACCCGCGCUUGCUGCCGUCGCCGUUGGAGGGCACGCGCGGCGGCAUCUGGCCGCGCAUGUUGCAGACGCAGCCGCCGGCGCUGACGCUGAAAGACGCGGGGCGGUCCGGCGGUGGCGCGGGCGUGAGCGGCGGCGGCGGGCUGGGCGCGACGUCGCGCCUGGCGGCGACGGGGAUGCGGACGGCGCGCGCUGCGCCUGCGGCGUCAACGGCGUCGGCGUCACCGGCUGGGACGGGGGUGCAGGGGCUGGCGGACCAGUUGCCAGCGCGGAAUGUGGGGUGGGGGGAGGCGGGAAGUGCGCUGCCGGCGGCCCCGGGGCUGUCUAGAACGGGCUCAGCGGCAGGCAGCGUGCGCAGUGGGACGUUAGGGAUGUGAGGGACGUGGCGAUGUGGUGCGUCAUGCCGUGACAUGGACGCUUGGCGCUUAGCAGACAGACAUGUAGGCAAUAGAGCAGGAUGGGGUGCUGGAACCGCACCAUCGCUUCUUGGGUCCGUAGGUAGGCAGGCAGGUAGAUACGCAGGCAGGCGGGAAGUCUUCAAGCAGGAGGCAGCGUGGGGCAGGCGCUGGCGUGCCCCGUACAUAACAAACUGAAUUCAAUCCAUUUGCUUUUAGAGUUUGCGGUAUUUACAUUGGCGCGACCUGAUGAACGUGCCCAUGUGGCUGGAUUGCACGCGGGAUGUGGCUGAGGCCAAGACUGAGGGUCCAAAGGGCAGCACAGUCCGUGCUGAGUGCUGACAGUCCGUGCUUGGGUGCUUUGCGGAUGUCAUGGUGGCUGCUUUGUAUGAAGGCACGAGCAAGUCCGAACGGGACCACUGGACAAUUGCAGCAGAGCGGAAGCAUGCGCGAGUGAUGUUGAACAUGGCCUGCUCGCGGCCCUCACACUG